AUGAACUUUCCAAAUCCAACCCAUGCCACGUCAUCACCUUCUACUUCUUCCUCAUAUACACUCACCCAUGCUUCUCCUAAUUUCAAGCGUCCUAUGUUAUUGCCACAGGCAAUCUGUACCUCACAAAAAAAGUCAUUAUGCUCUGGAGCCUUCGUGGAGCCUUAUGUUAACUCCAAUCAUGUGAAAAGUUACAUAACUUCCGGUUUUUCUCCCCAGCGAUCUGAAGCACAAUCCUUGGUUUCCAACCAAUCACUCAACAAACACGCGUUCUCGGUGGAAGCUUUAGUAACUCGAACAGCUCAAGAUGUUUCUGAAACAACUCUUAAUGGUGAUGACAAGAUUGGAGUGUUGUUGCUAAACCUUGGAGGUCCAGAGACUCUAGAAGAUGUGCAACCUUUUUUAUUUAACCUUUUUGCUGACCCGGAUAUUAUACGAUUGCCAAGAAUAUUUAGUUUUCUUCAAAAGCCACUGGCCCAGUUUGUAUCUGUUCUAAGGGCUCCAAAGAGCAGAGAAGGCUAUGCUUCAAUUGGCGGCGGUUCUCCACUUCGACGCAUAACUGAUGCACAGGCUGAAGAUUUGAAGAAAUCUCUUUUUGCAAAGAAUGUCCCUGCCGAAGUGUAUGUUGGUAUGCGUUACUGGCAUCCAUUCACUGAGGAAGCUAUUGAACAGAUUAAAAAAGAUGGAAUUACAAAGCUGGUCGUUCUCCCACUUUAUCCACAAUUUUCAAUAUCAACCAGUGGCUCGAGCUUACGUCUACUGGAAAGCAUAUUCCGAGAGGAUGAGUAUCUAGUCAACAUGGAGCACACGGUAUUACCUUCAUGGUAUCAACGUGAAGGAUACAUAAAGGCCAUGUCAAGUUUAAUCGAAAAAGAGCUGAAGAGUUUUGACUCCCCUAAGGAGGUCAUGAUAUUCUUUAGUGCGCACGGGGUGCCUCUUGCUUAUGUGGAAGAGGCCGGUGAUCCAUACAAAGCAGAGAUGGAGGAAUGUGUGGAUUUGAUCAUGGAAGAGCUUGAGACAAGAAAGAUAACAAAUGCUUACACCCUUGCCUAUCAGAGUAGAGUUGGACCUGUGGAAUGGUUAAAACCAUAUACAGACGUGACGAUAGUUGAACUUGGAAAAAAGGGAGUGAAAAGUCUGUUGGCUGUUCCAAUUAGCUUUGUCAGUGAACAUAUUGAAACUCUAGAAGAAAUUGAUGUUGAAUACAAAGAAUUGGCUCUAGAAUCUGGAAUAGAAAAAUGGGGCCGUGUUCCUGCUCUAGGAUGCGAACCUUCCUUCAUUUCUGAUUUGGCAGAUGCUGUGAUUGAAAGUCUCCCAUAUGUUGGUGCCAUGGCAGUUUCAAACAUCAAUGCUCGACAGUCUUUGGUUCCGCUUGGCAGCGUAGAGGAGUUAUUGGCAACAUACGACUCACAACACAGGGAGUUGCCAUCGCCGGUGAUAGUGUGGCAAUGGGGUUUGACAAAAAGUGCUGAAACUUGGAAUGGAAGAGUAGCCAUGCUAGCUGUGCUGCUGCUUUUGUUUUUUGAAGUCACCACACCUGAUAGUGUUUUUCACCAGUGGGGAAUUUUAAUGUCCUCUCUUAGGUGA